UGGUGCAGCAGCGCGGGCGGAUUCCUCCAUGGGCUCGGUCUUCAAGGCUCGCGGAGAGCGAAUGUCGUCAUGAGCGAACAACAGGACAGUAUGGCCACCACUGUCGCUGUCAGUCCCAGCGAAUACCUUCAGCCCUCCACCGCUUCUGCACAAGACACCCAGCCCUCUCCUCUGGCCCUCCUGGCUGCCACCUGCAGUAAAAUCGGCCCUCCUGCAGCUCAGGCUCCUGUCACCUCUCCUCCAGCGCAGCCGCAACCUCGCAGGCUCCUUCCCAUAAAGCCGGCUCCUAUAGCCCCUGCUCCACCCAAAAACCUGGGUUUCCUUUCAACGAAGGGCAAUGUGAUCCAACUCCCAGCCGGCCUGGGCUCCACAGCCCCUGGCAGCCCCAUCGUCCUUACUAUCCAGCAGAGUCCUGCCCGUACCAACGCCUCGGCCCCUGCCAACAUCCAGUACCAGGUGGUGCCACAGAUCCAGGGCGCCCAGACUAUCCAGGUGAUGCCACAGGGAGGUCAGAUCCAGCUCAUACCAGGCACCAACCAGGCCAUUAUUACCACUCCCAUGACCAUGCCAGCCCCAGCUGCUGCCACCACUCCUGUCACGCCACAGAAGACUGUAGCCAUCAAACCUUCUCUCAAAUUGCGGAAGCCAAACAGCACAGCUGCUAACAUGGUGCAGCUGCCCAGUGGGCUUACGUUGCCCCUUAAUGUGGCUACAGGCGAGGUGGGUGGAACUCAAAUCGUCACAGAGAUGGCAACUGCCCCUCCUACUCCCGGAAAAGGACGGCGAGGGAGAAAGAAGAAAGUGGUUCUGGCUGCAGAUCCUCCACCACCGCCUCCCGCACAAGCUGCUUCACCACCCCCAGAGCAGAUGGAGACCAUCCUAAUAGAAGCUGGAGACAACAUUAUACAGGCGGGGAACAAUUUACUGAUUGUGCAGAGUCCUGGGCAGCCAGCUAUGGUGCAGCAGGUCCAGCUGGUCCAGCCUAAGCAGGAUUCUCAAGUGGUUCAGAUCCCCCAGCAGGCAUUGAAGGUGGUGCAGGCCGCCUCUGCCACGUUGCCGCCCGUCCCACAGAGACAGCCGGUCUCCUCGAGUCUGCAGGUCACUCCAACAGAGCCGUCACCAACACAGAUCCUUUUCAAAACAGCUUCGGGUGAGUGGCAGUCAGUUCAGUUCCAAGAGUCAGUUUCCACGACAACAACCCCCACCACCUCAGUUACUACCGCUGCCCCAACCACCACCUCGCCAGCACCGGCCACCACCAAGAGGACGCAGGCAGGAGGGCGAAAGGAGCGGACUCUGGCCAAAAUUGCCCCGGCAGGUGGAAUGAUAACAUUGAAUACAUCGCAGCUCUCCUCAGCAGCACAAGCAGUGCAGACGAUCAGCAUCAACGGGGUCCAAGUUCAGGGAGUUCCUGUUACCAUCACCAAUGCAGGGGGCCAGCAGCAUCUAACGGUGCAGACGAUGCAAGGUGGAGGCCUCCAACUGGCAGCAACGCAAGGCCAGCCUGCCAUUCAGGUGGACCAAACCCUGACCCUGGAACUGCCUGGCCAGCCGGGAGAGAAGAAGCGUCGCAUGGCCUGCACCUGUCCUUACUGUAAAGAUGCAGACAAGAGGCCUGGGGAAGUGGGGAAGCGAAAACACAUCUGCCACGUUCCCGGUUGUGAGAAGACAUUCAGAAAAACAUCACUGCUCAGAGCUCAUGUCCGGUUGCACACCGGCGAGAGACCCUUUGUCUGCAACUGGGUUUUCUGUGGCAAACGAUUCACACGCAGUGACGAGCUGCAAAGGCAUGCCAGGACGCACACAGGAGACAAGCGAUUUGAAUGCAGCCAGUGUCAGAAACGCUUCAUGAGGAGCGACCACCUGACGAAGCAUUACAAGACUCACAUAAACACCAAGAACCUGUGAGCAGACUGUAUACUGAGUUUAUACACAAACUCACAAAAACUAACUGUGUGACAGAGGGACAGAGAGAGGGCAGGGAGACCAAGGGAGUGUGUGUGUGACUUAUCCCAUAACGGGAAGUACUCCAGAAAAGCCCCUGUAUUCCCUCUCACUCUUCUACGACACUGAGUAGUGUGGUGUACAAAGAAAUCCUUCCUGAUGGACUUCAAACUGAUCCAGCAAAUUUAUUAAUAAUAGUUUUUUUCUCUUGUCCUGAACAAAGCCAGACCUAGCUCUGACUGAAUUUGUAAGAAGGCGAGGCCUCAGACACAGAUGCUUAACUCUGCUUGCUUAUUUAUAAGCGUUUCUGGAGAAGGAACAUACACAGAAUUGUUAUUAUUAUUAUUUUUAUUAGAUACCAACACCCAAGACUCCAGGACGUCAGUCACUGCUUCCAUCUCCUUUGUUUUGUUUUCCUCCCCAAAAACCUGCUCGUGUUUUGUUUUUUUUAAGUUGUUUGUUGUGGAACAUCAGAAGCUCCCAGAAAUUGGCCGUCAAGCACCAAAAAUCGAAAAAAAUGAACAUGUUUUGUAAACAGAAAUUGAUUUGACCUCAGUGGGAUGUUCAUUUUAUUUGAAGCUGUUUGUGUGUCAUCAGGAAUCGACGCCGAUUUAAAACCUGUAAAACACAAAUAAGUUGGGGGACCACUGCAUAAAAACCCCUCUUACAAUACUUUUGAAAACUUUAGAAGUUUACAUCAGCUAUUUUUGAAGUGUGUAAAUGCGUACUAUUAUAAAUAUAUUAAUAUUGAUAAACUAUUUAUAACAUUUUCCAUACAAUUGUUACAGAUUGAUUUGCAAAGCAGGCAUGUAAAAGAGCAUAGUAUCCAGACUAAAUGAGACUUGAAGCUAAAAAUAAAAAAGCUUAAAUUUACAGCAGAGAUACAAAAUGGAUGUUAAGAGAACAUUUGAAAACAUGGACAGUUUGCUUUGAGGGUUCCCAUCAGGCUGGCCAGAGCUCUUUCAGCGAGGUGAGCCUCUCGUUCGCAGCACUUAAGGCUGAGUUUGUGCUCAUAACUGGCAGUUUAGCGGCAGGAGUCAUUGUGCCUUAAAAGUUGUUGUUAAAAGUUUGAAAUAAAUUAACAGGUAAAAUCAAGGAUCCGCUGGAUUUGAAACAGUCUGAUGAUGUUUUAGUGAAGCUUGAUGACUCAGAGGAUUCAAAUUUGAGCAGCCCUGCCAAACUUUCCAGGUGAUCAAGCAGCAUGUUUUGAUCCGUCAUGUAACUGAGAUCGGGCAAAUGCAGGAUGUGACUUCUGUCGGCCGCAGAGAAGAGUUUGUUGCUGUUGUUAUUAACAUCUCAGACGACUGGAGGACCGAACUCAAUAACAAAUAUUCCUUAAAGAUGAGGAGGAAAUGGUGUCACUUAAAGUCAAAAUUAUAAGUUUACAGUUUGUGUUGUAGUUGAACAGCGUAUGUGGAUCCAGGUUGGACAGUAGUUCUGCUUUAUUAGGGAGUCGUAUGCAAAAGAUGAACCAUUUGUAGAAAACUAUACCAGUAACUUGUCCAAGCAGGUUGGUCUGGAAGAUAUCCAAGAGUAAUGAUCAUUUCAUUCGUGUGCACUACCUAAAUUGAUCAGCUUUAGAGAAGCACUACAAAAAAACCCCCAAACAUUUAUAGAAACCCUUCUUGUGUUGUUGAGGGUACCGGAGCCGAGUUAAGAGCCUCAAAACUAAUCUAGGACUUUUGGAAACAAGAUCAAAGAAUACUCCCAAGUCUCUGAAGGAUUUAAUUCUGUGAAAUAUUGAUGAUAAGAGGAGUUGAUGACCCCGGUGACAAACCUGCUCAGACCUCUCCUUUCCCUGUGAGAUCCAAACCUGGCUGCUAAUAGUUGGUUAUCCAUCUCUGAUGCCACAACAGGUAUGCUUACAUCUAGAGCUGGCUAUCACAUUUCAAUACUUUUUGGUACUGAAAUCACAGUUGUCCAUGUUUGGCAUCACAUUGUUCUUGAUUUAAAUCAAUCUGUUGUCAUUUUUAGACUGUAUUUUAGUUGAGUUCUUAAAUGUCUGCCUGUCCUUAGUCAACAUUCAACAUUGACUUCUGUUUCUUUUAUUUCUUUUUUUUUUAACCUGAAAAGUUUGUUUUCAUCGUGGUGUAUGCUUUUGAAAAAAAAAGAAGAAAAGGUACCUUUACCAAACGAUACCCAACUCUAAUUUUUCUUGUGUACUGAUAAAUGAGAACCACAUAAUUCCAGGGCGUCACUUUCAUUCUGCUUAACUCACAACAUAGUUUGGAUUUGGUCAUUUGUAGCCUAUGCAUUGCUGUAUAUAUGAUCGGAUUGUUUAUUAUUUGGCCUGAUUUGACAAUCACAUCAUGAGAUGCAAAAAAAAAAAAAAAGGAAAAAAAAAACAAGUGAGCUUUCUCAGGCCUUUGAUGAAUUAUAUGAUUUUUCCAGCUAUGUGAUAGCUUUAACUCUGAAUUAACACUUGAGACAUUUUUGUUGAUAUGACCAGCAUUAGGCCUCCUGCAGAGUAUUCACACAAGUUACUCAUAUAUCAUUUGCUUUACAGAAAACAUACUGUUUCUCAUAUCAGUUUUGAUAUUACAAAGAUGUACUGACCUUUUACUAACAGGUCAUCAGUCAGUUUGAAGCCUGAAGUUGAAUGGAGCUGCUUUUAUUAAGAAGUACACUUAGUAAUUCUUACACAAGCCCUUUGGUCAAAUUAGCAUGGUGCCAUCAGACAGCGACUAGCAGCUGCACUUCUGUUGAGUUUUACUGUGUUUUAAUAAUACGUUUUUAGCAGAUGGUUCAGUCUUGCUAAAAAAUUCUCCAUCAACAAUUUCCUCUCUGUACAGAAGAGAGAAAUUUGACCAAGAAGCUUAAUACAAGUUCAGUAUAUUUUAAAGCACUUUGAACAAGGUUUUCUUCAAGUGUUUUACAGAGGUGACAUAAAAAAAAAAAGCUAGCCAAUAUUUGGUGUAUUUUUUAAAUAAUGUGUCUGAAUGCCAUUGGGAAGGACAGAUGGAGGCUGCUCAUAUUUAUGUUUGUAUUUCAUGUCUGAAUAUGUAAAUAAAGCGUGUCUGUCAGGCACAGUAAAUGUAGGAUAUUACAAAACAAAGUUAAACUGCAUAGUGUUGUGGUUGGCAUAGCCAACCUUUAAGGAAAUGACCUUUGUACAAUGUGUAAGGAAUAAAAUAUAAUGUGACAUUGUAUAGCUUCAUUCCUGCUUUGUAUAAGACUUCUAGAUCUUUUUUUCUAUUGAAUUAAAGAUGCCUUAGACAGCUGCACCCAGUAUUUAAAGAUGUUUUUUUCUGUCUAAUUCCAGGUAACAACAUUUGUUAUUUUUCUUUUGUGUUUUUAACUUAUGUUACAUGCUAAUGUCAUGUGCACUGAUUAAAAUCCCAGGUUCCAAAAUUUGUUGAUUGUAAUUAAAUAUGAUACCUUUUUCCAAAUUAAGGCAUUUCUGUUGCUUGUUUUCUGUAAAUUAAAUGCUCCUUUUUCUCCAAGCCCAUAUGUCAUAUAAUCUUUUACAGUCAAUUGUUGUGUGUAUCAGGAGAACCUAGAGAACCAGCAAUUAAUUUUAUAAGUUGUAUAAAGGUGCUAAAACAUAACUUGCUCCUUUUCUACAGUCUUUCCCCUCAAUAAAGAACUCAAACUAU